AUGAUACUACUCCAAUUUGAGAUUACUUUCAUACCCCUCCGUGCUAUAAAAGGGCAAGCCAUUGUCGACUUCCUGGUGUCACACCCACUACCGGCAGAAUCUCCUUUGAAUGAUGACUUACCAGAUGAACAAGUCAUGAGUUUGAGGAAAUCUGGAGAAGCCGUAUGGGAAUUAUAUUUUGAUGGUGCGGCGUCCUCUCGCCUGGAUGCAACCCAACAAUCUAUAAUCCCCGGAAAGGCAAGGGUCGGCUUAAUUUUUAUAACGCCGGAGAGAGGGAUGAUGCACUUUUCCUAUCAUUUGUCAGACCCUUGCACGAAUAACGAGGCUGAAUAUGAAGCUCUGAUAACCGGUUUGGAACUUGUAAUUUUGAUGGAAAUUAAAGUGAUUAAGAUCUUUGGUGACUCUCAAUUGGUAAUUAAUCAAGUCGCAGGAACCUAUAAGGUCUUGAAUCCUAAUAUUUCAAAAUACCAGCAGUACACCCUUCACUUGCUUGAACAAAUUCCUACUGUGACUCUGUAUAGGGUUCCCCGUGGAAGCAAUUCUACGGUAGAUGCCUUAGCAAAACUUGCAAAGGAAUUCGCAUGCCCAGAGGAAGAUUCCAUCCUUAUAGAGAUUCAGGGUCGCAAAGCCCUCUCUCCAAUAGAUUUGGAAUAUAUCAGUAAGAAACCUCUCCAAAUCUUUUCUGCGUCUUCGACGACUGAAGAAGAAGGCGAUUGGACACGACAUUUAAUUGAUUACCUUCAAAAGAAAAAACUUCCCCAGGAUAAAUCUCUCUCCAACCAGAUUAAGAAACGUGCCCUAUCUUAUGCACUAGUCAACAAUUCACUGUACUGUCGAUCAUUCGAUCAGAUGUGGCUACGUUGUUUGGACAAACAGCAAGCCCUGAAGAUCGUUAAUGAGGUCCAUUCAGGACUAUACAGUGCACAUCAAUCGGAUGCAAAGAUGAAAUUGAGAAUCAAAAGACUUGGGUACUAUUGGCCUACAAUGAUUGACGAUUGCAUGAAUGUUGUAAAGCAUUGUCAUCAAUGUCAGGUCCAUGGUGUGGUUCUACAUCAACCGCCUAAUGUGUUUUACCCUACGAUAGCUUCGUGGCCCUUCGAAAGUUGGGGCAUGGAUGUUAUCGGGCCGAUUGACCGCCCUUCUUCGAGAGGUCAUCAUUUCUUAUUAGCUGCGACUAAUUACUUUUUAAAGUGGGUGGAGGCAAUUCCCCUGCGUAAUGUAACAUCCCACCAUGUGUUAAAGUUCUUUCUUGACCAUAUUGUAUAUCGAUUCGGUGUACCCCGCAGAAUCAUAUCUGAUCAUGGGUCCGCGUUCAAGUCUACAAAAAUCAAUAGUUUUGUAAGACGCCAUAACAUUGAUUGA